AUGGGCGGCGAGCGGCGGGGGGGGCGGCGGGGCUGCGCGGGGAGUGGCGGCUGUUUCAAUAUGGCGGCGGCGGCCGCCGGUGAGGGUGGGGGUGCUCGCUGGAGUCGCGGCUGUGGCCUUUCUGAUGAAGAAGAGCCAAUGGCACCUGUUACAGGAGUGUCUACAAAAGAAAAUUUAAAAACAAGGUGUUUGCCAAAAUAUCAAACAAGUCAAACUGAACCCAAGGUGCCUGUAGCUGUUGCUUCUGUUUCCAUGGAUCUGGACAGAAGUGCAGGAGAUCUGACAGGGCAGCAGGUCACUAAUGAAGGAGGAAUGAAGAGUGCUUCUUUAAAGGAUUUGUGUCCUGAGGACAAGAGACGCAUUGCAAACUUAAUUAAAGAACUUGCCAGGGUAAGUGAAGAAAAAGAGGUGACAGAAGAACGGCUGAAAGCUGAACAGGAAUCAUUUGAGAAGAAGAUCAGACAGCUAGAGGAACAGAAUGAACUUAUCAUCAAGGAAAGGGAAGCUCUGCAGCAGCAGUACAGAGAAUGCCAAGAACUUCUGAGUCUUUAUCAGAAGUACCUAGCUGAGCAGCAGGAAAAAUUAUCACACUCCCUUUCUGAACUCAGUGCUGCCAAGGAGAAGGAGCAGAAGGUAUCCAGUAAGAAGAUUUCGUGCAAGCAGCCAUCUCUUGAGCUAGAUGGUUCCUUCCUGGAUGUUGGGGGACAUUGGACUCUUCAUAAGAACUGCAGAGCACCAAAGGCUGGAAGCCCGACCCGUGUUGCAUUGUCUCAGCCUUGCAGGAAUAACCCCCGUUACAGGACUGAAAUCCAUUGCAACCAUCAGGAGUGUCUGAAGGAAUAUCUGAUGGAAAAUGACUUGCACAGAAAGUGUAACAACACUGUGAUUUCCCCAGCCAAGCAGAGGAGCCCUCACCAUGUAAAACAAGCUCAGGAGAUGGACCAGAAGGCAAAUGAGUUUCAGAGCACGUGCCCUCAGCAAGUGAGUCAUGGUUGUGCCUGCAGGCAUGUAGGGAGCUCAGGGAACAUGGAAGAGAACCUCUGUGUCAACCAGGUACUUAGAAAACACUCUGGGCCAGUACACAAAACCUGUGAUCAUUCCAGGCACUCUCGAGGUUUUGGGCAGAAUCACAGCGCGGACUCAGGGCCUAAGGAAACAGAGCUGGCUAAAAGACUGCAUGAAGAAAGAAGGCAGAGGCUGCUUCUGCAAAAAAUGGAGCUGGAAAUUGAAAAGGAACGACUCCAACAUUUAUUGACUCAACAAGAAGCAAAACUGCUCCUAAAACAGCAGCAACUACACCAAUCCCGUAUGGAUUAUAACAGGAUUAGAGGCCACGUCCCUGGCUCAGAGGAUGUGCCCAUCGCUGAAGCGCCCGGAGAACUUGCUCUGAUGAUGAACGGCAACAGCAUGGGGCUGAGUGUCCCCAUGUUGAAACAUGAAGAUUAUUUACUGAGGACACCUCCAGUGAGCAAGAACUCCAGAACACCAGGGAGCAGUCGUGGGAGCAGUUCGGGAAAGAAAAUGGUUGGUUUUGGUGCAAACGUGGAAGAUGGGCAAACCCUUCUGAUGCAGACCAGGAGGGAAGGCACCCAGUCCAGGAAAGGGACAACUUCGGGACCUAGGAAUGAUGCAACCACAUCUCCUGGGUUGAUGGGCAGCAGCAAAGCGCUUGCAACCACAGCCCUAUCACCGAUCCAGCAUGACACUUCGCGGUACGAAGCCUGUCUUCUGGACCUGGUUGAAGCGAUGAGUCCGAUAUCUGCCCCGGGACACCCCAGCAGAGAAUCUCACGACAGGAGCAAAGCGCACACGCCUCGCCGUGCGAGCCGCAGGCUGUCGUCGUCGUCCUGGUACCAGAGCCCUGGCAGCUCCAGGAGCAGAGCAGAGGAGAUGGAGGAGAGCCGGCUCCUCGAGGAGAUUUUCUUCAUUUGACACAACUCGUUGGUCUACAGCCAGUUUUUAAAUUAUUUGAGUGACAACUGCUUGUUUUCCCUCUUCUAAAACACAGCUAAUCAUCAUCCAGUUUCAUUUUGGAUUUAGUAAUCAUGAUGCAAGUACAUUGUUGGGGUAGGCCAAUCAGAAAGCGUUAACUUUUUUUUCUAAACCUUUCGUGUGCCAAGUAAUCAAUUUAAAAUAGAAUUUUUUUUAAUCUACAACAUUUUCUAAUAGAUUGAAGUCACAGUUUUGCCAGCCUCAUAUCGGAAGUAUAUUUCAUUAUCGAUUUUUUGGCUCUAAAGCAGUUUGCAAGAACUGCCUAACAUUCAAGAACCAGCAUGUUCGAAGUAGAUUAUUUUCUAAUUAAACAAGUCUGUUUAAAACCUGGCAUAUUAUAAAGGUACAAGCACUUUAUUACUUUUUCACUGAUUUUUAUUAUCUACUUUUUUUUCAACAUUCUGAUAUUUAACGUGGUGAGUUUUUAGGGGAUAUAUCGUAAGCUCAACUCUACAGUGUCUGAUAAUGUUAAUAGAUGAUGUUGCAGGUUGAUGUACUAGGCACCCGUUUGAAUUAUAUUCCUCUUUAAAUCUGUGCUAUUUGAGAGAGUUUAUGUGCUUGGUAACCUAACCCUGAAAUAGCAGAACAGAGUCAGACACUGUAGAGGUCCAAAACCUAUUUGAUGUACUUUCCAAGAUGAAAUACAUAGUAGUUGUAGUAUAAGAGCAGUCUUAAGACAUUUUCACUAACUUGCACUAUUUUGAUCCUGUAUCCAGGCUCCUUUGUAAAUAAGACAAAUCAGUAAUUAUUUCCACUAGCGGCUCGCAAAGCACAUUUUCCUGCCGGCUUUAAUUAUUCAUGCUGUAUCUAUUUCAGUUUAUUUAAAUGCACUUCCAUCUACUGCAUGUACUUGGUUAUUUAAAGAAAUGUGCCGAAUUGGUAAAAAUGACUGCAGAUUACAGGAUUAAUGGUCAUUUUCUCCACAAUGCAGUGUUCAUAUUUUAUUGUAACAGUAGCCACCGGCAUGUGUUCCUAGAAAUAUGAGGCUAAAAUACUCAUUUUGCACAGUAAAAUUGCAGCGAGGGAAAGGUAGAAUUGAGCCAGCGCGGGCAAGUUCUAGGCCAUUUGCUCCCAAACACCGCUUCCUGGGCCAGUACCGCUAUUCAGACGGUCUCUUUAGGCAACCCUGCUUAUCUUAAUGGCAGGGAGUUGCUGUGCUGAUCCUUGGGGUCUGGCUGCUGCCUGCCUCCCUCACGCUGCCUCCUGUGCGAUGAUCGGUGCUCUGCGAGGAGCUCACAAGGCUCAGGAGCACGACAAGAGCGUUGGUGCAGCUGCCCCUGGCAGCACUGUGCUCUCACGGCAACGAAACAGAAGGAGGAUGAAGGGGAAGAAGAAACCUCAGGUUAACUCUGGGCCGCUUCGCUCAGGCCCAGUUCUUAAUCACCAGUUAGGUGAUCCUGGUUUUGCGCAUCCCAGCUGAAUUUUAAAAGCUGCUUGGAGGAGUUUAAAGGAGGGAAGCAGCAUUGCUGGACCAGAAAAUUACUACUGUGGAAAGCCCCUGUGUGGUCUGUCCUGCUUUUAGUUAAGUAUUACAGUUCUUUGGAAUAUGUCCAUCUGCUGUUGAGUGUCCUGCUUGUUCUACCCCCUGAGCCUGUGAAGGCUCAGGUUUGUGCUAAGAGCCCCAAAGAUGUAUUCAGUGCCCUGACCCAGGUAUAGCGAAUGGGGAAAUAAGUUUUCUUAUUCUGCUGGCUGAGUAGUCUGCUGCUUGAAGAGGUCAGGAAAAAGGAGGAGAAAGAAGAGAAAAAUGCACAAAGACCAGCAGGAAGACUGGGGAUAACCAUGCAGAAAGGACUGUCACAUAGAUCUGAGGGUUUGGGGUUUCUUUAUGGAGUUUUUUAGUUUUGUUAGUGGGUUUUUUGUUAAGGUUUGGCAUUUAUAAAGAAACAGUUCUCUGAUUUCAGUCCAAUUGCUUCUCUUCUCUUUUCCACUUUGACUGAAACUUUAAUUGCCUUUUCUAAUAAGUGCUAACUGACCUUUCGAAACAGCAAAAAAUACAUGCCUAUUUCUUGAAAGGUGCCUUUGUGUACCCAGUCGAGAACACUAUGUGGGAGCAUUCUGUUCUUUGGUUCUUUUGCAGAUGCCAAUGUUUAACUGCUUUACGACUCCUUAUGAUUCAUUUUGUCCAUAAGAAUUUGUAGUUCUGAAGGUGAUUUUUGACUUGAAUCUGUAUUUUGGUUGUAGCUCUUUUUGAAAGGACGUUGUCAGGUGUGUGGGCUCUAUGCUCAAGGUGCUGCCAUCAGUCAGAGCUACACGGGAGGCAUACCUUCAUGAAGCAAAGAUUUCUAGAAUAAAGAUGGUUAAGAUGUCUGAUGGGUGAAGACCUGUAUGCUUUAAUUCUCUGUGAGAUGUGGACAAAGAAACAAAACCUAUUAAUUUCAUAGACCCUGUGGAAAAUCAUUUUUUAUAAUGCUGGCUCUUGCUCUAGUUAUCAGCAGUACAUUAGGAAUAGUGUUUAGCAGUCAGUGCAAGCAAAGAUAUUUUGCCAUGAGGCACUACAAAGUUGAAGUUAUUAAAACAUUUAUAGCCUUAGAAAAAAAAAUCAAUGAUUGUCAAAUAGGAAAGGACAAAAUCAGUAGUUGGGACUGGGAGGGGAAUUGUUUUCCAUCUGCUAAAACAGUAGAGGAAAUGCAAAAAUUAAACUAGCAAAAGCAAUCCUUGACAGUGUCCUUUUAAGUUUAAGCUCCUAUAUUGGGAACUGCUGGCGGGAAGUUAAUCCAGCCAUGGACUGUUUGUCCAGAGUGUUCCCAGUGAAUAUUGUCCAGCUACACAUCUGGAUGUGUUUUACAUGAGGCUUUGUGGAGUGACAUGACUUUUCCCACCCACGCCUUCAGUUUUUGUCCUUCCUGAGAGGUUUGUACACACAGUUGAUGUCUGUUUGUGUAGUUGUUGCUUUUGUGCUCCUUGCACACCAUGGACCUGUAGUAAUCACGCCUUUCUCAUGUCUAGCCUCUCCAGUCUUGCUGUUGAAUCCCGCCUUGAGCACAUAUUUAUAUAUGUAUGUGAGGUCUUAAUCUAAUAAAUUACCUGGGAGUUUCAUUUAUCCUUCCAGACUUUUAUUUGGCUUAUCUUGUUGUUUUUGUCCAGCUCAGACAUCAGUACUGCCAUUGAAAAUGUGUUCCGCUUUCCACAUCAUCACAUCAUGUAUGUUGUGAGUCUCCAAAUUGCUAAGAUACAUGAGGAGCUCAUUUUAAGCCUCCUCUUCCUCUCCAGGACACAAGUCUUGCUGUGAGAAGGAGCAAGACCUCCUCUGGCGCAAGAAGUAGGGGAGAGGUCUCAAAAUACAAAAGAGAAGAGAUUGGAAGAGCCAGCACCAUGCUUCGGGACAAAAAGGAGGAAUUAAAGAGUGAGGAAGAAAGGAUGGAGGUAAAGGCAAGAAAGGACAAAUAUGCAAGGCAGAGAACUGUACCAGAGGAUGACUAAAGGUGUAGGUGACUUGGAGGUGAGCCAGAGGGUAGGGACGUGUUGUUAAGCUACAGUAAAGAGAUAAAGGAGAAUUGUGUGUUUAUGUCUUGGAGUGAGAAAUGUCUUCAAGCACAGGUUCCCUUACAGCUUUAUGACUCCAGACCCCUUUUCCAGAUCAUAUUCCUGCAUUUGGGGUGCUACUGUCCAAGGGAUACUUGGCAAAUGAGGGAAAGAAGGAAAUCACCUUGACCUAACUUAAUUGCUCCCCUCUAGAGAAGCUGGACAGGGAGGCCAGAGCACAGGGAGGACCGUAGUGCAGAACCCAUGUAUAACCCAGGGCAUGGACUGAAUUAAUUGCUAGCAAUGUAUGGUGACUUAAGAUGACAGAAGAAUGUGAGACUGGAUGUAGCAAGAAUCUGAAUAAGGGAGAAAUAAACAAAAUUUGCAGUGAUCCAAUGAUCUGAGCAGGUUUGGUGUUAAAGAAGAAGAGGAAAGGGCUCAGCUGCACUUCAGAGAAAUUGAGCCUGAGAUAUCCCUUGAAAGUGCCCGUGAGCCUGGGGUUAAACUCUACAAGUUGCAGCAGAGAUUUUCUGAAAUAUGACCUCCAGGCUGUAUUUGAAUUUGCACCAUCUGUGGGGGAGAGAGCACAGCCUGGUUAGUUAGAAACCUCCUUUUUCACUGUUACUAAAUUUAUGAAAUUGUGUGCUAAUUAGUGUAUGAUUUAUAAAUUUACAUAACUACAUGCUACAUAAGACAACACAGAAUAUUGAAUGAGGUGAUUUAAACCAGCAGAAGCAGUGAAGUCUGCUCUGACUGGGUGGCUUUCCUCUGGAAAGUGCCUCUUGUGAUCCAUAUCUGCCCCACUCCCUGCAUCACUUGAAGGCUUGUCUGCUCACAAUGACAAUAAAUGUUUUACAAUGUUGUGACUCCAUGUAGAUGAGAGACAACUACCCUGAGCAUCUGUGGCAUGGCUGUGCAGCAGAGCUUUCAUGGUGAUCCUUGGUGUUUGGAAGCAGAAUUCAGCUAAAAAAGAGCAAGAAACUGUCCUGGUCAGUUUUGGUGCUUGAUGACUCCACAGUUCACAGGGGGUGGAACAGCACCCCAACUGCAGCACGGGGAUGGGAAUGUGGGGCAAUUGGCUUUGUUUCCCGGCUCUGGGGUAACCACUUUUCCUCCCUCUGCAUCAGAUUCUCUUGGUGAAGUGAUCUCAGAGGGGCUGUGACUUAUAUUAGUGCCCAUAGCAGAACAUGCUGGAUGUAUCCACCAACAAUUCGUCUGUCAACUGCAAUCUGUAAGAGCAGAAGCAUAUGGGCCAGUCAUUCCCAUGGAACAGAAGCUGAAGCUCUCAGACUUUAUGUAUUUUGAGGCAUGAAGGGGUCAUUUCAGGCACUGGGGAGCUAAACUGGAGAAACUCAGAUGUCACUGACUGGUGAAGCCCUAACAUAUGUGAGGUGAGAGAUGCACAGAUGGUCCCAGCAGACAAACUAACCCAUGAGCUGCAGUGAGAGCCAUAAAUUCUUAGUUUCCUUAAUUUGGGAGUCAUCCUGAGUACGUGAAAAAUGACUUUUCACUCAUGGCAUUCAGUAACUAGUCUUGGAGUGUAAGUUCAUUCUUUCUGGUCUCCUCUCUGCAGACAAGAGGAGAGUGAAAAGCUGGAAAAAGUCAUCUUUCCUGGUUGCUUACUGGCAAUUACCUUAAAACCUUGAAGCAUGGAUUUGAUUAAAGCAGUUAUCCAAACACAGAGUGUUGAGUAUCGUGAGCAUUAAGGACAGCGUGGGAACUCUCUUCUGCUAGACCUGAUAAGGAAGGAAAGGACAAGAUGAAUUCACAGGCACAAAAGCUGGUUCUUUCUCGAGUUAGGGUUGACUGCGAAGAAGUUAAAUUCAAAUUUUAAAAUCGCCCUGUUAAAAUCUUCCAGCAUUUGAUUAUUCUUGCUACAACAAAACUGCCCUAUUUUGAGGCUGGGGUUAUCUACCUUGAAUUUCCAGCCUGCUGGACUUUGUUGUGCCUUUGGAAGCAGGAUUGCAAAGUUCCCAUGUUGUCAGACAGUACCCUAAAGGCAGUGAUAAACUCCUGGUCCAGCCUUCUGUUUGCCGAGAUGGCAUCCUUUAUGGCUUGUCCCCUAAUGUCUGCUUUCCAGCCCCUGGGUGAUUUGGGGGGCCUGUUUCUGAACUUUCUCUAUUAUUUAAGCUUCUUGAAGGGUUUGCACUAGAGCAGAAUGCCGAGUUUCAGGUGCUGUUGAUGUGAAAUGGUGACAGCGUGGCCUCAUUCUGCACAACAUUUCCAUUUUGGCACUUUCAGGAGCCUUUUUUGGAGGUGUUGGGCUCAGUACCUGGUCUGGUUGCACUUCAGAUCACGGCCCUAUUUCUUGAAGCAGAAAUUCUGUAAGUGAAACCAAGAGACCCUGCUAAAUUUAGAAGAGUUGAGGACGAAGGAAUCAUGUGAAGUAGAAAUACCAGGCAGAAAGAAAAACAUUGUAGGAUUCAAUUUGGGAUGGAGCAUGCAUGAACGUGUAGGUGCAGCACCUGUGAACUCAGACACCUUGAAAACAGUCUGACAGACACAUGGUUGAUGGGGUGGGGCAGACCCAGACAACACAAACUCUUAGAAGGGGACAAGUGAACAAAGCACGAGGCAGAAAAAAAAAGACGAGAAGACUUUUGAGCUGCAGGUGAGAAGGCGAUGACAUCUCUGAAUUGCAGAGUAAAUGGCUCCUUGUCAGUGGAGCUGGUGCCCCUCUAUUUGAACUAGUGCCUUUAGCACAGGGAUCUCAUUACCAGAGAGUUUACUGGCAGAUUGGAGAGAUUUCAGUGAGGAGUAAUAAAAAUGAUCAGGGACUGCUAGAAUUGACAUAAUGAGGAAACAAGAUGAGAAGAGUCAGAUAUUUAUAGCUUGGGUGAGAGAGACAAUUAAAAGGUGGGGUGGGAGAUGGACUGGGUGACCUGAAAGCCUUGUCUGUUUCUAAUAACUCCUUGUUGUCUGCUAUACGGAGGAUUUGAAUUUACCAAGGCUGUCAAUCUGCCUCUUAACAGCCCUAACUUCCCAUGUUGAUAAGCUCAGGUGGGUGUACUCUGGCUGUAUUGGCAAUGUCAGAAUGUCACUGGUACUGUCCUCUGUUUAAAACAGUAGUCAUCAGCCAUGUUGUGGGGAAAAAAUGACAUGAUGACAAGUAAAGGGAAAAAAAUUAGACCUUCAUAAAAUCAAAAGCCAUAGAAGACCUUGCUGAGAGCAGGGCUGAUUGGGAAGGGCUCUCUGGCUGUUCAGCUGAUGAUGCUGAGCUUUUCCUGCUGCCCACAGGGUGGCCUGUGCAGUAGGAAGGUCCCUGAGGAGGGAGCAAAUGGGAGCAUUUUUCUCUGUGAGCUGGCACCCAGCUGUGCACACAGCUGAGCAAAACCUCUGCUCUCCAGGACACACAGAUGUGCACAGGCUGUUGUCCCCAACAGCUGCUGAGCUCCCCUGACAGCUCUCGGAGCAAGUUCUGUGCCAGACAGAAACCUGCCAGUCCCACUGACGGCUGCAGCCGCCUGUGGGGUUUUGCUUCCCUUCCUGCUGCCCCAGUGCAGUGGCACCCAGCCCUGAGGGACAGGCAGCCACAGAUAUUCCUGCACCUCGGCCAGGGCCAGUGUUCAAGCAGAUUUUUAGAGCCUUAGGUUUGCUCUGGACUUGAGAGACUGCAGCAGAGCUGGAGGCAGCCGAGCUGGAGACAUCCCAGUUCCUGGCUUGCAGUCAAAUUAAAACACAGCUACCGAAAGCAACAGGGCUGUGUUUGUUUGAGGCACUUUGGGGAAAUAUCAGAGCGGUGCUUGUUGAGUCUGGUGGUGGAGUAGCCGCUCUGUUUUAAUGAUACCUGUGUGCAAAGGCCACAGCUGCUGUCAUCCUUUUCACAUUAGUCUGACUUUCACAGAACAGACAUAGCCUAGGGUGGUGGAAGGGAGAGAAAGGUGACCAAAAAAAAAAAACAUCCAUUCCAUCCAUUUUUUCACUACUUUUUCGGUCCUUCUGAGCUGCAAUACCAGUCUCUGGCUGAGCAAUAGUAAUCUUAUCCAGCGUACUGUUGAUUUAAGCCUCUUGGAUUUAUAUAACUUUGGAAAUGGUAAACUAUAUUAAUUUGCUGUGUUUUCAAGGGAAAGUUAUUUAUUGAGAGACAUUUUUAACUCAAGUGCCAGGAGCCUUAAAUCAUUAUAAUAAAUUCGUGCUAUUCAGGGUUUCUUACAUUGUAAUAAAUUUGUUUUAAACAUGAA